UUGACUUUAGGCCCUCAAUAUUGAUGAGCCGAGCUGUCGAUAUAAACAACCUAAACCACUUGAUACUUGAUAGUAUAUAUAGAGAGAGAGGAGGAGGAGAAGAAAGAAAGAGAUGAAUAGAGGGGAUAUGGAAGGAGUGAAAAAGAAGGGAAAGGUAUGUGUAACAGGAGGAAGUGGUUAUCUUGGAUCAUGGAUGGUUAUGAGACUUCUUCAAUUUGGUUAUUUUGUCAACACAACUAUUAGAUCUCAUCCUGAUCGCAAGAAGGAUGUGAGCUACGUCACGAAUCUUCCAGGUGCACAAGAAAGGCUUCAUAUUUUUUAUGUUGAUUUAGACAAACCAGAGGGUUUCAAUGCAGCAAUUGAAGGAUGCAUUGGGGUAUUUCAUGUUGCACAUCCAAUUGAUUUCAUAAUACAUAAAUAUGUGUCCUUUGUCUUGGUUUUAACAGGUCAUCAAAACUAUAACAUGAGUUACCCUCCAUAUGUACCUUUUGUACAUGUAGAUGACGUGAUAGAUGCUCACAUUUUCCUUCUUGAAAAUCCUAAUGCAAAAGGGAGAUAUAUUUGUUCAGCUGUUGAAAUAACACGUGUAAAGCUAGCUGAGUUUCUUUCGACUAGAUACCCUGAAUUUCAAAAUCAAAUUAAUGAGUACACAUGGGCAAGUAGUGAAGAAGUUAAAUUCCCUAGAUAUUCAUCCAAAAAGCUUUUGGAGACUGGCUUCAAGUACAAGCAUGGCCUUGAGGAAAUGUAUGAUGGAGCUAUUGCAUGUUGCAAGCAAAGAAGCAUACUCUAAUUAAUCCCUUUGUGACAAAUAAAAUUUGUUUCAUAUUAUAUGAAGCUUUUUUAAUUCCUUUCUUCUUUUAUUCUUUGUUUCCAGUUUCCACUCACAGACCAAAAUAAAGGAAUCAACAU